CUCGCUUUCCCGCCGCCGCAGCAGUAGCAGCAGCAGCAGCAGCACCUGCCCGUGUGCCCGUCGGUGGUGGUCUCGCUCUCUCGCUCGCUCUGUGUGUGAGUGUGCGCCUGGCUGUCUGGUUCUCCCGCUCAGUCUGUGCCAGGCUCCUCGCAGGAUGGCCGGGCUGCGGGGCUGGGGCUGCGUGCUGCUGCUGCUGGCUCUGCUGCGGGCGCCGUCGGGUCUGUCGCUGCCCGAGGUGCUGUUCCGCUGCCCGCCCUGCAGCGCCGAGCGCCUGGCCGCCUGCCCCAAGGCCGCCCCCGCCCCGACGGCGCUCUGCCCCGAGCUGGUCCGCGAGCCCGGCUGCGGGUGCUGCGCCCUCUGCGCCCGCCUCGAAGGCGAGCCCUGCGGCGUCUACACGCCUCGCUGCGCCGCCGAGCUCCGCUGCUACCCGCGCCCCGGCGCCGAGCUGCCUCUCCAGGCCCUCGUCCAGGGACAGGGCACCUGCGCACGGAGCGGCGGAGGGGCGGCAGCGGGACCCGCAACAGCCGCAGCAGGAGGAGGAGGAGCAGGAGGGGACCCCGCCGCCGCCGCCGCUGCUGAAUACGACGGAGCAGAAACCGAGGAACAUCCUGAAGGAUCUAUUGCAGAGAAUGUUGUGGAUGGUGUGACCAGUGUGGUGAGUGGAGGUGGAUGGAUAAAACCCCUCAAAAAUGGCAAGGAAAUUGCUGUAAUUCGUGACAAGGCAAAUGAGCAGCAAAAGCAGAUGGGCAAGACUACUAAGCAUCACCAUCACAUGGACCUACGCCCACCAACUUUCAGGACUCCUUGCCAGCAGGAAUUGGACCAGGUCUUGGAACGUAUCUCAACCAUGCGCCUACCAGAUGAGCGUGGUCCAUUAGAGCACCUCUACUCCCUCAAUAUCCCAAACUGCGACAAGCAAGGCUUUUACAACAUCAAACAGUGCAAAAUGUCAGUGAAUGGCCAGCGAGGGGAAUGCUGGUGUGUUAAUCCCAAUACCGGAAAAACCAUCCAAGGAGCACCCAUCAUCCGUGGAGAUCCUGAAUGCCACCUUUUCUACACUGGGCAUGAACAAGAGGAUCGAGGAGCACAUGCCUUGCAUGUGCAAUAGAUGGACACCUUUUCAUUCACUGGCAGGCGGCAUGGCCUAGUUUCAGUGCUGGUUUUUACAUGGGUUUCAAUGCAUCUUGAUUUAUUUUAUUAUUAUUUUUCCUUUUCCUUUCCAGUGGUUCCCAGUUCUUUGAGGGUCCACAUGCUUCUCUCUUGCUUGCCUUUUUUGAGGAAGAAUUGCAAAUAGGCUGAGGAUGGAGGGACUGGUUUCUCAACUUUUUCUGAGAGCCAUUGCCUUUCUUGGGUUGGAUACAGCCUUGACAGUAGCAGGGCUGGUGGUGUCUUGUGAGAGGGGACUCACUUACCUUCUUCACCCAGGUCUCUCCAAAGAACCAAGGUGCUCAAGCUCCCACCAGGCUGGAUGAGAGAAUAUUCACCCCAACUCCCUCCCCACAUACACCAAAGACCAAAGAUUGUAAAUACUGCAUAUAUUGCCUGCUACUCAGAACAACCUGACCAACCUCUUCCUGCUGGUCCCAUUUGGUCAUUAGGUGACUUGUAGCAUCCCUGAGGGGUUGGGAGAAACACUGUUCAAAACCUCUUCAACAGGAAUGCUACUCUCCUUUUUGAAAAGCAUGGAGAGGGGUUUGUAGAGGGAGCUAGAGCUUCUUCCAUAAGGCAUUGCACCUAAGGUCCAUGGAGGUACAGCUCCACCCCUCAUCCCAAGAGUAAGUCCUUACAACCCUAGAGAAAACUUAAUCUAUUACAAAU